AGCAAAUCUCAGUGACUGUCAUUCGCUCGGCAGAGUGCAACUCAAGAGGACGACCAUGGAGGAAAAGAUACCUAUAACCUUCGAGGACGCGGAGGAUUCUUCUCGCUAUGGGGAGAUGGUUCUCGUCAAACCUGGGGAUACGCUGCUGCCAAUCGGAUACAGAAGACUGGCCAGUACUUUCUACAACUUCGAGUACAGGAACGACGACAUCUGCUUGAUCACUUAUCCCAAGAGUGGCACCAACUGGACAGCUCAAAUCCUCUGGGGAAUGACGCACAUCAAUGAACUACAGAGGGCAACGACACAGAGCGUCGAGAGCAGGCUCUUCAUAUUAGACAAUGACUUUCUUCACGACGUAUCGGAAAAAGACUACAUGGAAAGGCUGAGAGCCAAGCGUCCCGAAGCCAGAGAAGAAGACGGACCAGUCUUGCAGUUGGCAGCCCUGGAGAAGGGGCGUCGCUUGUUAUGGAGUCAUCUACCAUUUAAUCUUCACAACCCUAAUAUCUUAGAUAAAUGUAAAGUCGUUUACGUGAUGCGCCACCCAAAGGACAACAUGUUUUCCCGAUACAUGCACUUCAUCAAGAUAGAGCAAGCCACGAUUCAGUACAUGGCCGAGAACUUCAUGACCGGCAAUGUAACAUAUGGCAGUUACUGGCAUCACGUCAAUGAGGCUUGGAAAAGGAGGGACCAUCCCAAUUUGCACAUCAUGUUCUACGAGGAUAUGAAAGCGGACAUCAUGGCUGAACUUAAGAAGCUGAGUCAGUUUUUGGGAACGAGCCUUACUGAAGAGCAGCUGAAGAGGGUAGCAGAGCUCACCAGCUUCAACAACAUGAAGGAUCAUCCUACAAUGGUGGUUAACAUCCAGGGUUUACAAGGAUCCUUCUUGCACAAAGGGGAAGUGGGUUCCUCGAAAGGGCAACUCCCGCCGGAGCUCGAUGCUCAGAUGGACGCUUGGAUCAAGGACAAUGCUUUGAGAGUAGACCCAGCAUUCAGAUACCUCUCUUAAGCCAAUGUUUUGGGAAACAAAAAAGUAUACUGACUCUACCUGAAUCAAUCCUAUGCCGAGACCACAACACCUGGCAGUUUGUAUAAUGUUUGUUUCAGCUCCAUAGCAGGAACCAAAGGGUAUUAGUAAUACUAUUACCUUAGAGCAUCUGGUACCAUCAUCCAAUGAAUAAUCUAACUACAAAGUAUAUUACUUAACUGUAUAAUAAUACAAUAAUGAAAAAAACUUAAUUUUUUAAUGGCAGCAGCCUUUUCUCCUUUCAUGAAUACUUGUGUCUUUGAUGAAUAUUACGUCAUUUGCUUUCUACCGGUGGUAGGCAAAAAUUUCUUUAUUACAUAUGGAUUGUCUGAAGAUUAACUCAUAAUACAUCUAAAAAUUCGCCAGCUCAUAAACCAACGUGACGUCACCAGAAACACUCUAAAAGUCUGUAUCUAUGGUCUUUAAGUCUCAAACUCGUUUUCUAUGGACAUCAUUGGUAGGCAACAGUGUACAUGACAUUAGUCAAGGGUACCUAAAGUUGUCGGACAUAAUUUCUUCUCGUACUUUCAAACUUUUGUCAUCAUAAAAGCCAAAUAUUAUAUCAUGGAACGAUCGAAAACUGCAUAAAAUAAAUGACCGUCGAUUCCAUGAACAUCACAGUUUUCGAGGAAUCAUGACGUCACCUUAGACUGUCCAAAAAGUUUUGUUUCUGUUUAUGACGGUGGUAGGCAGCAUUUAAGUAUCUUGAAAAGUGAAAACUUGUAACGUUCCUUACCCUGUUAUGUAGCUUCUUACGAGCAUGAAAAAUGUUUAUCAUUAAUAUCAAUUCUAAG